GGCAAAAAAUUUAAUAUGCGACGAGAAACAGCCGAAGGGGAGCUUUAUCUUGGCUUAAAGAUAUUUCGAUUCUAUUUUCGGUGUCCGAACUGUUUGGCUGAAAUCACAUUUAAAACGGAUCUUGAGAAUUGUGAUUAUCAGCAGGAGCAUGGUGCUACUCGGUUAUUCGAGGCAUUCAAGUUGUAUCAACAAGAGGAAAAAGCGAAGGAGACACAAGAGGAGGAAGAUAAGAAGGACCCAAUGAAAAUGUUAGAGAAACGAACACAAAUGAGUCGUGCUGAAAUGGAGGCUAUCGGAAAACUCGAAGAAUUGCAAGAAAUAAAUCGACAGCAUGAAGCGUUCAACCCAGAUAUGUAUUUGGCGAGUCAAAGCAUGAUGCAGGCAGAAGUGAGUUGA